AUGUUGCACAACAAGCUCGUAUGUCCGGUUAUAUUCAGACGGCGUUUACCAUGUACAGAAAAGUUCCCCCCUCAGGUCACCUCCAUCGCCAAGUAUGCUACAGUGACCGAUCAAAAUAGUAGCGGGAAGCUGCCAAUAAGUGACAAGCAAUGGCCCAGGCUUAAAGAUCCCACGCCUUACGAUAUCUUUGGCAUUUCAAGUGUGGAUUCUAGAAGCACUAGGCUGGACAAGAAGUCGUUAAAGAAGAAAUACCAUCGCUACGUCAAAUUGUACCAUCCUGAUCAUUCUGAUAACAUUCUGAUCUUCAGCUCAGAUACCGUUACCGACAGCAGUAGUAAGUCACCGCUGCUGCUAACGUCUAGCGAAAAACUGCACAGAUUCAAGACCAUAUCGCAGGCGUAUGAUAUUCUUUGUGACCCGAAGAAAAAAAUUGUAUACGAUACCACAAGACAAGGCUGGAACACACCAUACUCACCAUCUUCCAAUGCCAAUACUGAAAACUAUCAAUAUGCGGGCUCUUACGGCUACCAUUCCAACGCGCAAUAUGAAUAUUGGAAUGCUGGAACUUGGGAAGAUGCGAAUAGUGUGAAAAAUAACAGAAUUAAAGAAAACUUCAACCCGUGGACUGCUGUUGGCAUAGUUUGUGGCCUAGCUAUAUGCAUCGAAGGCAUUGCGCUGCUAGAGAAAAUCCAGGAGUCCCUGAGCAAGGCUGAUUUUGCCCACGAGGAAAGCGAAUUGCAUUUGAUUCAGUCGUACACAAAUUAUGGGUUGGACACCGAUAAAUUUUCAAGGUUGAGGCGGUUCUUAUGGUUCAGAACUUGGGGCCUCUACAAAUCAAAGGAAGACCUGGAUAGGGAAGCCAAGAUUAAUGAAGAGAUGAUACGCAAAUUGCAAACAACGAAAUGA